AAUUGUCGAGCAUGGUUACCUGCUCCUCGUGUAGUCGCUCUUUCUUCACCGAGAAGCAGCUACAAGCCCACGUGCGUCACGCCCAUGUUCACACAUCCACGCCGCCCCGGAAACGCCACCCGUGCCCUCAGUGCGUCCGCAGCUUCGACUACAUGGCCAGUCUGCAGAAACACUGUCGAAGAUGGCACGGCCUGGCAACCGUCUGCGCUGAUGGACACCUCAGCUGCGCUGACUGCGGGAAAAGCUUCACCGGCGUCUGGGGCAACGGGCCGCACAGGUGCCACGAUUCGGAGGAGGGCAAAGCGGAGAUCCAAAAAGGGGACAGACCUGGGUGUGUGGAUCGCGGCUUCCCUUGCGUGGACUGCGGCAAGAGCUACAGCACUCUGCAGAUGCUGACGAGACAUAUGCGCACGCACACCGGAGAGAGACCGUGCGUUUGCGCCGACUGCGGCCGAAGGUUCAUAGAACUCAGCAGUCUUCGCAAGCACUCCCUUAUCCACAGCGGUGUGAAACCCUACAAAUGCCCCGAGUGUGGAAAACAGUUUGGCCGAACGAACCACCUCAAUUCCCAUAUGCUCACCCAUACUGGGGAAAGGCCUUACGCUUGCCCUGACUGCGGAAGGACUUUCAGCCACCAGGGGACGCUGCAUCUCCACAGACGUGUCCACUCUGGGGAGAAACCCUUUCCUUGCCCGGUUUGUGGGCGGGCAUUCUCCAUCCUUGCCAAUAUGAAGGCCCACCAAAGGAUCCACAGCCAGGAGAAAACCCACCAGUGCGGAGAGUGCGGAAAGAAGUUUAGCGGCGUUGGAGUUUUAAAGAAGCACCAGCGAGUGCAUACCGGUGAACGGCCUUAUCACUGCACCGUCUGUAGCAGGCAGUUCAGCCGUGUUCAGCACCUGAAGAACCAUCAGCUCACCCACACGGGUGAAAAACCGUAUCGCUGCGAGGAAUGCGGGAAGAGCUUCCGACAGUGCGGGGACCUGACCAAACACAAACGGACUCAUACCGGGGAAAAACCGUACGCUUGCCCGGACUGCGACCGUCGCUAUAACAACUCGGGUGACCUGAGCAAACACAGGCGCAGUCAUACCGGACAAAGACCUUACAGCUGUCAGGAAUGUGGAAAGACGUUCCUAAUGCUCCACCACCUGAAGACGCACGUCCGGACCCACACCGGGGAGAGACCUUACUGCUGCACCCGAUGUCCCCUCACCUUCACCAGGGCACAUCAUCUCACCUCACACAUUAAGAAGAACCACUGAACUCUCAGUGAAGGUGCCAAGUCUGCAUGUGUAGUAGUUCA